ACAAAAGUUUUUUUCUCAACGGUUAAAGCAAAGCGAAGGACUAUUUACAAAAAUGAGAGUUUAUAACGUGCUGCUGCUCACACUUGUGAUUGCCCUAUCAUCGCUGGCUGCAACCAGUGAGGCAAAUAGGCCAGACUGUACAGAUCACAUAAAUGGACUUUCGUUCGCGGAUCCCAUUAGUUGUUCCAGCUUCUAUGUUUGCCUGCGCGGACGUGCGCUGCGAAACGAGUGCCGGCAUGGCCUAUUCUUCGAUCCCAAGACACAAAUCUGCAACCUGCCCAGCCUGGUUGACUGCCACAAUGGCGACCGCAGUGGUGCCAUCGUGUCUGGCCACGAUCACGAAACACAUCAUUCGGCGUUGGGUGGUCAAGCUCCAUGCGGAACCACUGUGAAGCCACCGUGCGAUAACCCAAAGCCAAUUUCAACAACAACCCCAUGUGAAACACAGACGCCCUCCACUACGACAACAACUCCAACCACAACAACUAAAGUCACAACGACAACAACUAAAGCCACAACGACACCAACUACUACCACAACAACUACAACCACAACAACCCCAUGCGAACCGACAACAACCACUACGACUACCACCACAACAACUACAACCACAACAACAACCACUACGACAACGACCACAACAACUACAACGACAACAACCACAACAACUACAACCACAACAACCCCAUGCGAACCGACAACAACCACUACGACUACUACCACAACAACUACAACCACAACAACAACCACUACGACUACCACCACAACAACUACAACCACAACAACAACCACUACGACAACGACCACAACAACUACAACCACAACAACGACUUGCAAACCGACAACAACCACUACGACUACCACCACAACAACAACCACUACGACCACAACAACAACAACCACAACAACCACAACAACCACAACAACUACAACAACAACUUGCAAACCGACAACAACCACUACGACUACCACCACAACAACUACAACCACAACAACAACCACUACGACAACGACCACAACAACUACAACCACAACAACAACUUGCAAACCGACAACAACCACUACGACUACCACCACAACAACAACCACUACGACCACAACAACAACAACCACAACAACCACAACAACUACAACAACAACUUGCAAACCGACAACAACCACUACGACUACCACCACAACAACUACAACCACAACAACAACCACUACGACAACGACCACAACAACUACAACCACAACAACGACUUGCAAACCGACAACAACCACUACGACUACCACCACAACAACAACCACUACGACCACAACAACAACAACCACAACAACCACAACAACCACAACAACUACAACAACAACUUGCAAACCGACAACAACCACUACGACUACCACCACAACAACAACCACUACGACAACAACCACUACGACAACGACCACAACAACUACAACCACAACAACAACUUGCAAACCGACAACAACCACUACGACUACCACCACAACAACAACCACUACGACAACGACCACUACGACAACGACUACCACCACAACAACUACAACCACAACGACCACUACGACAACGACCACAACGACAACAACCACAACAACUACAACCACAACAACCCCUUGCAAACCGACAACAACCACUACGACUACCACCACAACAACUACAACCACAACAACAACCACUACGACAACAACCACAACAACCACAACAACUACAACAACAACUUGCAAACCGACAACAACCACAACAACUACAACCACAACAACCCCUUGCAAACCGACAACAACCACUACGACUACCACCACAACAACUACAACCACAACAACCCCAUGCAAACCGACAACAACCACUACGACAACCACCACAACAACUACAACCACAACGACCACUACGACAACGACCACAACGACAACAACCACAACCACAACAACCCCAUGCAAACCGACAACAACCACUACGACUACCACCACAACAACUACAACCACAACGACCACUACGACAACGACCACAACGACAACAACCACAACAACUACAACCACAACAACCCCUUGCAAACCGACAACAACCACUACGACUACCACCACAACAACUACAACCACAACAACAACCACUACGACAACGACCACAACAACUACAACCACAACAACAACUUGCAAACCGACAACAACCACUACGACUACCACCACAACAACAACCACUACGACAACGACCACAACGACAACAACCACAACAACUACAACCACAACAACCACAACAACCCCAUGCGAACCGACAACAACCACAACACCAUGCGAACAGACAACAACCACUACGACUACCACCACAACAACAACCACUACGACUACCACAACAACGACAACAACCACAACAACUACAACCACAACAACUACAACCACAACAACGACAACCACAUGCACAGCGUCAACGACAACUCCAUGCACAGCGUCAACGACCACUCCAUGCACAGCGUCAACGACAACACCAUGCACAGCGACAACGACAACACCAUGCACAGCGACAACGACUACCCCAAACCCAGCCUUAAAAAUUAAAGCUGUUGUGAUUAAGCCAUCUGAAGCCCUGGUUUCCGCGCGCGACUGUCAGGGUCUCGAGGAUGGCGUUCUUUUCACAAACAGCAGACAUUGCCGCCGCUUCUAUGUUUGCCGCAACAACCGUGCCAGGCACCAGGUAUGCCCCGUCGGCCAAUGGUUCGAUCGCGAGCUGAAGAUGUGCCGCAACCGCCGUGAGGUUAACAACUGCCAGGCCAACCGCAACUGAGCGAGAUUGAUUCGAAUACUUAGAGACGAACCUGUGACUGCACCUGGAUUAAUCCGAUAUAGCUAACCGACAAAUUUCCUCUUUAGACUAUGUACGCCACUCUCUAAAAACUACUAGACAAUUAAUCUAAUUCAGCAAUCAAAUGUAAUAAAGCAGCAUUUACAAAAACGUA